GCCCUCCUGGUCCGCUGGCGGCGGGCAAUAACUUCAGGGUCCCUCUGUCCGGCAGCCCUCUCUCCUUCUCAAUGCCAAUAUGGCUGCGCCUAAGCGAGCCCCUGCAGCGUCCCCUAGGCAGGUGCAGCAAGGCUCUUUGCAGAGGAGGGAAAAGGGAAGUGGCAGAAUGCGGCCUGCCAGGCCUGCAGUGGCGAGCCCUGGGUCAGACCACCAGUCCCCAGGGCGGCCAAGCAAGAGAGCUAAGGGAGGAAAAGGGGGUGUUGGGGGUAAAGGGAAGUCUGCUGCCGUUCCUUUUACUGCGGCCCUUGAUCUCGUGCCUCCUGCAUCUGAUCGGACUCCAUUGCAGAGAUCGGACUCCAUUGCAGAAAAUGGAAAGUGCGUUGGUCCAUCUACAUCCGAAGAAAUUAGGCGACGAGUCGAUCAGCCUUCCCAUGUCUUGUAUGACGAGGCCACCGGUUGACACUCCAGAUGGCAGACGCUCCAGGGAGAUAAGAGAGCCCGGAGAGUACCAAGUCAGGGUCCUCAUGACCUCUAUGGAGAGGGCGCCUUGUGGGGACCAUCUCCCGUUCGUUGGUAUGAUUGACCCUUCUCAGUGCACAUCUGUAGAUCAGGUUGACAAGAAGAAACUCAGAGAAGGGGGUUAUACUGUGUGGAUCCUUAGUGGUGGUCAUUCUCGAGAAGCCCGCAGUAGGCUGAUGCUCAAACACGCCACCGUGGAUUUCUACAAGAGAUACACAUGCUACGUGUAUUGCGGCCUCACUGUGAAAGAGGCGAUUCUCGUCGGGCACGAGCACAACCGUGCUGCAGGGUUUCACAAGCAGCUCACAUUUGUUCAAAGAAUGCGCUGUUGGAGGCAGACUUUUGAGAAGUUGGGCUGUGACAAGACUCUGGAUGUCAAGAAGGCUUGCUUGAAGGCUUUUGGUCUGAAGGCAACCUGUUGGGACCAGGUAUCGAACUGGGAUCCUCAACUUCAAAUCUGCAUGCGGGGCGCUGAGGUCUGGGCUUUGAUGUCUGAUAUUUUUUACCUUUGGGAGGAGGCAAAGAUAAAGGAUGUGAAGAUGAAGAGGGGGGUAGGAGGGAAAAAGGUAAAGUCCAUUCAUGCAGCAGACUUGUCGGUAGGCCACGAAAAAAAGGGUGGAAGGCCGAAGAGGAAACAGAUUGAUAUGUGUGAGCAGAGGUUGUCGUUGAUGACUCUCAAUCCGGGGAUGUACGUAACAGAGAAGAACGAAGUCGUCAACGAGCCAGCGGAUAUGCCAUAUAAGCCCUGGCUUAUGAUGGCUGCACUUGACGACGCCGUCGUCAUCCCUGUCCUCACUGAGGUUAAGAGUGGGAUUCUGUCCCUUGAUGAGAUGGCGGAGAAGUUCAAGAUCCUCAAAACUCGUCAAGGGACAACAACCGCUUUUAUGAAGGAGGUGGGGGUAGAAAGCUGGGAGAAAGCCAAAGAGGAGUUCCCAGUUCACACACAAGAGGCGAUGCUAUCCCAGUACUAUGGCCUGUUUGACAAGAAUAUCAAAGGGACCCCGCAUCCUAUGCAGCUGUAUGCGGCCAAGGCCCUUAACUACAGGGAUAAGAUUUCCCAGCACGAGCAGCACGCAGCUGGAACACAAGAUCCUGAGGGGUUGCUUGCUGACUGGGUUUCGUUUGAGGGGGAAGGCUACAAGGGGAGUGUUAAGGUGAUGCACUGUGACAUGCUUCAGCUGAGUGACAAAUUGGAGGAUAGGUUGCCGUUCACUCUAUGCAUCUUCGACUUCCCUUGUAGAUAUGAUGCCGAUGGCUCUGCUCACGAUGCGGAGCGCUUCACGAAGCCUCUGAUUGAGGCGUCCGUGGAGAACUUGAAGAAGAUCACUUGUUCUCCUUUCUGGGUGCUUGCAGGCUUCUGCUCUACUGACAUGCUCAGCGAUGUCACAUCUGUGUUUUCUGCUGCGUGCAAUGCUGGGGUGGAGGUGGGUGUUUGGGUUGCUUUGCUUCUCCUGGUGGGCUCAAGUUCACUAACUGUUGGCAGCACUGUGUUCUUGGCUUUCACAAUGACAGCGGAACUAGGGAACCCCUGCAGUUUCAAUUCAAUAAUGCUGACUCAAGGUUGAAUUGCUGGAGUCACAAUGCAGUGACCAAGAAGUAUGUCUUUGCUGCAGACAACGAGAUCCUUUGUCCGUACCAGA